AAAUUUAUUAUAUAUAUAUGUGUGUAUAUAUAAAAGUAGGAAAAUUUUUGCGCAGGGCUAUUGAGCAAGUGUGCGCGUUAUAUUAUUGAUUUGAAUGCGCAAAUGCUUAACAGAAAAUCUAGGCCUGAUGCAGGUACCAAUUGAAAUGUCAAACUAGUCUGUUUACUAAUUCCAAGUGCCACAGUAUUAUUUUACUCUUAUUAUUGAAAAAAAAAAUUGAGGCCAAAAUUAUUUCCCAUUCAGUAAAUUCCCAAACAUUCAAGAUUUCAGUUAAAAAAAUCAAAUUCAAAUCCAUUGAAGUGGAUCCCAGCAACACGGAGCUCUCGACGCUGAGCAAGGUUUAUCCCAUAAGCCCUGUAACAGGGCCGGGAUCAGCAAGAUCUGUAUGGGAAUUAAGUCCCGAUCCCGACAUGGUCGGGAAUUUGCCGAACAAUUUAAUAACAUCAGCAGCACUGAACAAUCAAGAUCAAUCGAAAAAUUCACGAAGUCGAAGGAGAAAUGGUCCUGAUGAUAAUAUUUAUGCUGAUGAGGCAACUCCCGGUCAAACACCGUCUGAUGAAGCAAAACUACUCUUUGAACUUCUGCGAGCUGGUGAACUGCAAACUGUUGAAGAAUUGGUGGAUAAGAAUGGAUCAGGAAUUCUCAGCGCAAGAGACGAAUGGGGAUAUACACCGGCUCAUUGGGCGGCUUUGGAUGGAAAUGUUGAAGUGAUGAGAUACAUUAUUGAGAAAAAUGGUCCAGUUGACUUGUCAUGUCUUGGGACGCAAGGACCAAAGCCAAUUCACUGGGCAUGUCGCAAGGGUCACAGUGCUAUUGUUCAACUGCUUCUGAAGGCUGGUGUGGCGGUAAAUACAGCAGACUUCAAAGGUCUAACUCCACUGAUGACGGCGUGCAUGUUUGGAAAAUAUGCAACGGCAGCAUAUCUCUUGGGUUGUGAUGCAUCGGGCUACCUGAUGGACAUAAACGGCGACACCGCCUUACAUUGGGCGGCCUACAAGGGUCAUCCGGAAAUAAUCAAACUCCUCAUGUACAGUGGCGUCGAUCUCGAGAAACCCGAUCAUUUUGGUUCAACACCCGUUCAUUUGGCAUGCCUCUCGGGCAAUGUAAAUUGCGUGAAAAUUCUCUGCGAAAAAAGUAAAAUUGAAUUGGAGCCACGCGAUAAAAAUGGAAAAACACCAUUGCAACUGGCCAAGAGUCAUAAUCACACGGAAAUUGUGCAAAUACUCCAAGCCGAACAAAGAAGACGCGCCAGAUGGAUACCACCAAUUAAUGAACUCUGGGCAUUGCUGUUUGGCGGUGCGGGUAACAGUAAAGGACCUCUACUUUUAUUUAUGGGUUCCGUUAUAUUUUGGGGCUAUCCCAUGUAUUUCUUUAAAUGCAUUCCCCUCACGUGGAACGUACUCCGAGGAAGUCAUUACUGCUUUACUUAUUGGAAUGUCGUUAUGUGGAUAUCCUGGAUUAUUGCUAAUAGAAAAGAUCCUGGAUACGUGCCACAAAAUAGUGACGCCUACUACAGAGUGAUAAGACAAAUUCCAUAUUUCGACAAAUGGAAGAAGAGAAAUGUUAUUCUAUCAAAACUUUGCCAUAGUUGCCGAUGCUUUAGACCACUUAGAGCCAAGCACUGCCGAAUUUGCAAUCGUUGCGUCACUUAUUUCGAUCAUCAUUGUCCAUUUAUUUAUAAUUGCAUUGGAUUGAGAAAUAGAAUUUGGUUCUUUUUCUUCGUGAUGAGCGUGGCGAUUAAUUGCUCAUUCACAGUUUACUUUGCCUGCUACUGUAUGGCAAUCGAGGGAAUACAUUUGCUCUACAUUCUAGGCCUAAUAGAAGCCCUCGUUUUUUGUGGUCUCGGUUGGAUUUUAACUUGUACUUUGGUCCUUCAUGCCUGCAUGAAUUUAACAACGAAUGAAAUGUUCAAUUAUAAACGCUAUCCAUAUUUAAGGGACAAGAAAGGAAGAUAUUGGAAUCCUUUUAGUAGAGGUCCAGUUUUGAAUUUCAUCGAAUUUUUCCUCUGUCCGUCCGAUCAAUAUGCAUACAACCCCCAAAACUAUCACAUAUUCUCUGAUGAAGUUAUGUAAACAAUGGCCUUUUUUUAAAAGAAAAGAAAAAUAUUUUAAAAAAUUCCCAACUCUUCGCACAGAUCUUUUACAGGCACAAAAAAAAAUACACGAACACUUUAAAACGCUUAAGCGAAAAAACAAACAUUUUCAAUACGCUUUUUCAAUCACUGGCGAUAAUUAUUCCUCGAAAAUAAUUUUCUAUUCUUAUUUUUUUUUUAUUAUUAUUAUUCUUUUUUUUAAUCUUAAGUACUUAUUGUAAUUAAGGUGAUUUAAUAAUAAAAAAGACAGUUUUCUAUUUUAUCGAAAGCAAAGUGUAUAUAAUUUGUCACUACACGAGACUUCGAUAUUAUAUUAUAAUAAUAUUAUAAUAUUAAUAUAUUACAAUAUUAAUAUAUAAUAUACAAAAAAUGUAUAAUUCAUCGCUAUUGUAGCACAUCCCACGCACACACUCACACAAACAUACAAAUUUAUAAUACAUUCUUAGUAGAAAAUAUUGAUAAUAUAAAAAAACAAUUAAAUGCGCAUCACACGUACAAAAUUUCACAAAUACAGAGCUCGAAGUAGGUCCGUAAAUCCUGAAAAAGUCACUAACUUUGUUUCAAUUCCGUAAAAGUCCGUUUUUUUGAAAAAAGGUCCGUAAAGUCCGUAAUUUCAUUCAAAAAGGAUGAAAAAUUCGUAAAUUGUACGAUAUAAUUUUGGAAAUUUUGAAAAAUUUAGAAAUGAUUGCAG